UUUAUUAUUUCCAACAAUUAUUCAACAUAAGAAGAAACAAGAGAAGAGGGGAGAGGAUAAACCAGAAGAAGGUAAGGCAGGCAAGGUAAGGCAAGACAAAAGGCAAGGCGGCUUCAGCAGUUGACAAACCAAACAGAACAUACGGCAAGCUCUGCCCUGCGCCCAGAGAAGAGGAAAUAAAGAUGUCGAUGCGUGAACUGGUUACGGGAGGAGCUGCUUGUGCCGUUCCUGGUUCUUCUUCCUCUUCCUCCAAUCCUCUAGGUGCUUUCGCCAACGCUCUUAUCGGUUCUUCUUCCAAGACCCAGGGGGUGUUGAAGGAGAUUCCAAACGCAGCAGCAGCUUCUCCCCACGCCCAAUUCUACCCCCACGCCGAUGAUCCCGUUGCUGCUCUUCCUGGCUCUGAGCUCGACCGCCCCUUUCUCCAAUCUAAUCCCCAGGGCUCCGAGUUCAUCAGAGGCUUCCGCACUGCCGAUGCCAAUGGACUCGCAGAUGCAUGGGAAGAGAUACAGCGUCAACCUCACUUUGACCGCGUUUACGAGGGUGCCACGCCAGCACCACCAAUUCAACCCUCUCUUGAUGGACCACCUCAAAGGGUGCUGUCAAGCUUUUUGCACUCCUUUGUUGACAGUAGCCGAAGUGGAAUUCCUUUACACCCCACCCCACUUCCUCUGUUAGGAUUGUCUCAAGGUGAUAAACAGUGCAUACGUGAUCGUAGCAGCAUAAUGGCCCGACACAUUUUUGCUGAUAAGAGUGAAGAAUUUAUCAAUGCUCAGGUAAAUGCACUCUUGAGUUCCUUGGAAAUAGAAAAUGAUAUCCAUGCCAGGGGACCCAUGCCUGGGAGAUUUAGAGAACUGGAGGACUACUGGAAUGAAUCCCAAGGUGUCCUGAAGCCUGGUGCUCAUGCUGCUGAUGGAUGGGUUACUGAAUUCAGCCAAAAUAGACCACACCAUGGUGAUCUGGAAGCUUGGGCUCACUCAUUUGAACAAAAGCAUGGUGCUGGUGGUUGGGCCUCUGAAUUUGAGCAGGAACAAGCUCAGUUAACAUCUGUAGAUCAAAUGAGAGGGGGAAAUAUAGAAAGUUUGGCUGCAAUUCAGCAGACUAGGAUGCUUGCACAUACACUCUCUCAAAACAGUGAUCCUAAAUUUCAGAAUUCAAAAUUUCUUCAAUUUGUAUCAAAGAUGAGUCGUGGCGAACUUAUCAUUGAUGAUAAUCAGGUCAAACCAGCAUCAGAGAACUGGGCAACAGAAUAUCAGCAACAGUACAAUGGAGGUGCUUCUUGGGCUGAUGAAUUUGUUCAUGAUGAGGUUUUCCGUGGACCUGACCAUUGGGCCAAUGAAUUUGGUGCUGAAAGAUUGCAACAAGAGUCUGUUGAUGAUCAAUGGGUCAAUGAAUUCUCAAAGUUGCAUGUUGAUGACUGGGCAGAAGAAUUUGGUCGUCAAGUUGGUGAGGGGGCUUUGGGAGAUAGUUCGUCUGAUAACUGGGCAAAUUCAUAUGAUGAGUUCCUUAAUGAGCAAUUAGCUGCUAAGCAGCGGUCGGACGCUUCAAGGGGUGUUUAUGUAUUUUCUGAUAUGAAUCCAUAUGUUGGUCAUCAAAAUCCUUUAAAAGAAGGUCAAGAGCUAUUCAGGAAAGGGCUUUUGAGUGAAGCAGUGCUUGCCCUAGAGGCUGAAGUUAUGAAAAAUCCUGAGAAUGCUGAAGGUUGGAGAUUGCUAGGAAUAACCCAUGCUGAAAAUGAUGAUGACCAACAGGCUAUUGCAGCAAUGAUGCGUGCUCAGGAGGCCGAUCCUACCAAUCUGGAAGUGCUUCUUGCUCUUGGUGUGAGUCAUACAAAUGAAUUGGAACAGCCUGCUGCUUUAAAGUAUCUGUAUGGAUGGUUACGUCAUCACCCAAAGUAUGGUACUCUUGCGCCACCGGAGCUUGCUAAUUCUUUGUAUUAUGCUGAUGUUGCUAGAUUAUUCAAUGAAGCUGCUCAGAUGUCUCCUGAGGAUGCUGAUGUACACAUUGUCCUUGGUGUUCUGUAUAACUUGUCGAGAGAAUAUGAUAAGGCCAUUGCAUCUUUCAAAACUGCUUUGAAACUUAAACCUAAUGAUUAUUCUCUUUGGAACAAGCUUGGUGCAACACAAGCCAACAGUGUGCAGAGUGCUGAUGCAAUAUUAGCUUAUCAACAGGCACUAGAUUUGAAGCCAAACUAUGUGCGUGCUUGGGCAAACAUGGGUAUCAGUUAUGCCAACCAGGGUAUGUAUGAGGAGUCGAUCCGAUAUUAUGUUCGAGCACUGGCAAUGAAUCCCAAGGCUGAUAAUGCAUGGCAAUAUCUAAGAAUAUCUUUAAGCUGUGUCUCGCGGAAUGAUAUGGUGGAAGCUUGUGAUUCCAGGAAUCUUGAGAUUUUACAGAAGGAGUUUCCUCUAUGAAUAGAAUAUGAUUCCGAAUUUUUAAGUAGGAUGGGUAUCAUGACUAACUGAAGCAGGGGCAAAAUGUUACUGUCAAAAAUCAAUUCAAAAAGCUGUAGAUGCUGAUGUACCCCUGACAGGUUGCAGCUAGGGCCAUGCUGGUAGAUGGUAUCUGGGGGGAACAAUAAUGUUUUGUAUAUUUUAUUUAUGUCUCAACACCAUGAAGUAUGUAAUUUUGUUAAACGGGGUAUGGGAUGGUUGAUAGCGAAAGAUAAUGUUUGUUAGGUGGGAGGAGAGCAGGAAAAGUAAUUACGGACUAGUGAUUAGCUGCAAUAAGCUACUUUGUCUCUCACUUAAAUGUAAUUGCUGAUUGUUGAAAAUGGUACGGAACGACGAACAACUGGUCUGCCAAGUGCAAUUUGCAUCA